AUGGAUGAAUUGGAAUGUCAACGACCGUGUGAAAGUUCGUAUCAGUACUGUGCCCCCAAGCCGACGAGCUCAGUUGUACUUGAAGCUAGUCCUGCCAUUCCUAGUAGGGUGUUGGUCGAUGAAACACCACCUCAAGUGACCUCGUAUCAGAUCACAAGUAAUCUUGAUAGUGCAGCUUCUGAAGUAGCCGAGACAAUUGCUAAAGUUAAUUACUGGGUCGACGAGAGUAGCCACAAUACCGACCAUGGCCAAGGUUAUUGUCCACCAGGAUGUUUCGAAUGUGUUGAAGUUGAAUCCUCUUGA